CCGCCCUGCUCCUCGAACCCAGCUGCGCCUUCUGCCACUCGCUGCCGGGUUCGGCUGUCCAGCUGUGCUGUUGGGGAGCGAGCCACUCUCCCGCACCCGGAGUCCCAGAUGGCUUCAGUGACUGAUAGUAAAGCCGGAGUCAAAGAUGCCUCUGACCAGAAUUUUGACUACAUGUUCAAACUGCUCAUUAUUGGCAACAGCAGUGUUGGCAAAACCUCCUUCCUCUUCCGCUAUGCUGAUGACACCUUUACCCCAGCCUUCGUUAGCACUGUGGGCAUCGACUUCAAGGUGAAGACAGUCUACCGCAACGAGAAGCGAGUAAAGCUGCAGAUCUGGGACACAGCUGGGCAGGAGCGAUACCGGACUAUCACCACAGCCUAUUACCGUGGGGCCAUGGGCUUCAUUCUGAUGUAUGAUAUCACCAAUGAGGAGUCCUUCAAUGCUGUCCAAGAUUGGGCUACUCAGAUCAAGACUUACUCCUGGGACAAUGCACAGGUUAUCCUGGUGGGAAACAAGUGUGACAUGGAGGAAGAAAGGGUUGUUCCCACUGAAAAGGGCCGGCUCCUCGCAGAGCAGCUUGGGUUUGACUUCUUUGAAGCCAGUGCUAAAGAGAAUAUCAGCGUGAGGCAGGCCUUUGAGCGCCUGGUGGAUGCCAUUUGUGACAAGAUGUCUGAUUCGCUGGACACGGACCCCUCUGUGCUUGGUACCUCCAAGAACACCCGUCUCUCAGACACCCCACCGCUACUACAGCAGAACUGCUCAUGUUAGGCAAGGCCCACCCUCCUGACCUCCCCUCAUUGUGGCCCCAUACUCACCGUGCUUCCCCUGUGAAACUCUGUCCACCCCCAACCCCAAGCCAGCUGCAUUGCUGCUGUUCUUUGCCUACAGUGGAGGUGGAAGCAUGCCCCAGGGGUUCUCUGCAGAUGGCCCCACUUACAGAUACUCAGCACUACAUUAACAGCCAGGUUGCAUCGUGGGUAGAGAUUCACUUUACAAAAGAAGACUCCAUUUUACAAAGAGGAUUCACUGCAGGGAUUUGGAAAGCAAAUUUCUUUUCUGCCUUUAUAAUAAGACUUCUUCCAUUUACCAAAACUUGAUACACAUAUACUUUUCAGGGCCUGGCCAACUGUGUAAAGUGAGGCCUACCUGCACAGCUAAUCCUAUUUAAAAACCUCCCCAUACAUGACAUGCUUAUUUCAUAUGAGGCUCCCCUGUGGAGCUUCCUCACACUGCAAGUCAAGCUUGCCUCUCAAAGCCCUAUGUCUGUUACCACGGAUGCCCGCAGGGCCUGGGCAGUUGCUGUGGUGACAGGCCAGAGCUA